AUGAGGGAAGAUCCUCAUGGUGGUGAGUGCGAAAAAAGGGUAAAUGCCGUAAUGCAUGGCAGUGGAGGAAGCAGGGAGGGUGUACACAGGGGGAUACCCCUUGAUGUGGUAGGCUACCACAGGGAAGAGGGCAACUUUGAAGAAGAAUGGAGACACCCUGGAAGGACAUUCGUGUACAUGGAAAGGGCAGAUGAGCCACCAGGUGCACGCACAAAGCUCAUAUUAAAUUUUAAAAAAUUAAAUUUAAAAAGCGAAGAUAAUUUUUCCCAAAUGGUACGUCAAAAUCGUACAACCAUAUUGGAUGCCUUAAAAAAGGCAGAGAUAGGAAUAGGAGGAGCUACCAUUAAUAAUAUUGGUAUACUUUCACGAAAGAACAAAAAUAUUGAAUUGGAAAAAUGUGAUAGCCAGGAAGAGGCAACAAAUCUGAUCAUGUGGGAAUUGGACCUGUCCUGCAAUUACUUUAUACACCUGUCCAUUGACAACAUUUUGUGUGUUCUUAUCCAGAAUGAAAUAAUUAGCGAGGGAAGUGUUUUAAGGGUGCACAAUUUAAAAACAAUAAACAUACGAAAAAAUGUUUUAAUUGCUUUUCCUUAUUGGGGAAAAUACGAAUUGGAUAAUCUCCUUCAUUUGUGUUUGUCGCACAAUGAGAUUUGUGAACUGCCACCCAUGGAUGAUUCGCCUACGUCUGCUAAAAUGGAGACCCGUAAAGAAUGCGCAAUGAACGUGGAGAAGAAUUCCCUCUUCGUAGACAAGAUCAAGGGAGAACACCCUGGUGAAGAAGGGGCACUAAAUUGGAAAGCACCCAAUUUGACGCACCUUUAUUUACAAAACAACAAAAUUACGUCUGUCCAUUUUGUUAAGUACUUACUCAAUGGGCACAAAAAUAUUUCCCAUAUAAAUAUUAGUUUUAAUAGAAUAAAGUGGUUAAGUGAUUUCCCCUUUUUGCCAAAUUUGAAGCAUUUGGAUUUAUCCUUUAACACGGAAUUGUCAUGUCUCCGUGGUGGCCAAGAAGCUGACCGUAAAAGGGUGGAUGAUAACCUUCUCAGUGUGUAUGAUCAUCAAGGCGAACAUGAACAGAACAAUCACGCGAGAAGCAAUUUUUUAAACAUCCCCUCAGGUGAUCAUAAAAAGUUGAAUCAUCAAAACCUUUUUGUUACGUUAAAGUAUUUUUCCCCCAAUUUGGAAAACCUUAAUUUGAAACACACACCAUUAUUAAACAUUUAG